CUAUAUUCCUGAAACUGAUUUUCCUCUGCGCACAGUUUUAUCAGCUGCUGCUCCAAACGUGUCGUGUCAAAGACCCUUGACGUGCUGUAAAAGUUUGUGAGUCACUUCCUCACUUCCCAGGAGGCUACCAGGCGGUUGUACUGUAGUCUUUCCAGGCGAUGCUUUUGCAUUUUGCAGGACAAUCCAGGCUCCUCCCUCUCACAACGUCACCCGAUCCCGAUCUCUCCCAAAGCGUCAGCGAUAGUCAGCAACACACUGUGGUGGCAGAUCAGCGGGGCGGUGCGCAUAGCGGGGUAAAGCUACACAGUAUUGCAUCCAAAAAAAAAAAAAAAAGGGGGGGGGCGCAUCCCACCAUUUCCAGAGUUACAACAACUUCACCGUCCUGGUGUUCUGAUCUGUCCGGCUGACCGUGGCUGCAUACAAGGAAAACCGGGAACUGAGGGAACUAAAACAGGGACGGUGCCAGCAGAUUAGGUGUCAGUUUUGCGGACGGAAGAAAAAGGCGACAUUUCCCCGGAGGAACUCUCCAAGUGUUGGAAACUUCCCAGCGCAGCAUCGAUCGAAGACCUCCCGCCCACUUUACCUCUGAUCCACAAUAGGCUACUGGAAGGGGGGGAGAGAGAGAGUUCUGCAGCCGCUGCGGUGGAUGGAGCAACAAAGGCUAGAUGGUUAAACGAGAAGAGCUCCUUUGACAAGAACCCAACUCUCCUUUCUCUCCUCGCCCGCUGCUUCCUAAAAGACUCCCAUCACCUAAACGGCAGCUCUGCAGCCGCUUGGAUCUCAUUUUGGGGACCCGGCCAGGUUCUACUUAGGGCAAACUCUCCGCCAGCCAGGGAGUCGCUGUAGACGUGAAAUUGAUGCUUUGGUACGGCGAGGCGCACCACCGAUCCUCUAGUUUUGCGAAAGUGUGCUACUGCUCAUUGAGAGAGGUAGACUAGUUGGGGGGCCGAAGUGGGAUUUGCAGAAGUUGCAUGCGUGGUCUUUGUCGUCUCGAGUGAGCCCUAUCCAUCCACUCUCGGGCUUCCAGAGAAGAUCCGGAUAGUUGAGGUGCCAUGGCGAUGUGUGUGGGGAUAUGGAUACUCCUGUUGGCGCUGCACAUCCAAGCUGGCAACGGACAGAUGGUACAGAUGGACCCCAGUAAGUCUGGCUUUGUGGGUUCGCAAGUGGAGCUGCGCUGCAUUUUCAUCAACAGUAACCCACCAGUCAAGAUCUCUCAAGUCACCUGGCAGAAGCUGCUCAACGGCACCAAACAGAACGUGGCCAUAGCCAACCCGGCCCUCGGCGUGUCAGUCCUGCAGCCCUUCAAGGAGCGGGUCAGCUUCAAGCAGGCUGCGGUUCGUCAUCGCACGCCCUCGCUGGAGGACACCACCAUCGUGUUCUCUAACCUGCAGCUGUCUGACGAAGCUGCCUACAUCUGCGAGUAUACCACAUUUCCUGCGGGCAACCGAGAGAACAUGGUCAACCUCACUGUAUUUGCUCGGCCCAUGACACGUAUGACCUUGACGACGCCCACGAUUGUGGCCAGGCCUCAGAAACGCAAGAUGACCGUCGCCACUUGUGUAUCGGCCAAUGGCAAGCCCCCGAGUGUGAUCAAAUGGGACACCAGGUUGAAGGGCGAGGCCACUUUCCAGGAGACCCGCAACCAAAAUGGGACGGUGACGGUACGGAGCAACUACGUGGUGGUGCCCAGCCGCGAGACCCACAAACAGAGGCUCACGUGUAUCGUGACGUACCGAAAUGAGAAGAUCACGGACAGCGUGGUGCUCAAUGUGCAGUAUGAACCUGACGUGAAGAUCGAGGGCUUCGAUGGGAACUGGUACUUGAACCGUCAGAAUGUUCAGCUGACCUGCAGGGCCGAUGCCAACCCCCCUGUCACAAUCUACCAGUGGAAACUCUUGAACGGCUCCCUGCCUAGUAAUGUGGAGAUCAAGAACAACACCCUGUUCUUCAAGGGGCCGGUGACCUACGACUUGGCCGGCACGUACGUCUGCGACGCUACCAACGGCAUCGGGACUCGCACUGGCAUCGUGGACGUCAACAUCACAGAAUUCCCUAACAACCCGACAGAACGGAACGGCAGUGAGAUACCGGCGGAGCCGCACAAUCCAAGCGCCGCCAUCGGGGGCGCUGUGGGGGGAGUCGCCCUAUUGGGCGUAGCGGCCACACUGCUCUUUGUAUUCCUGCGCCGCCGCCAGCGCACCUUCAAAGGAGACUACAGCACCAAGAAACACGUGUUCGGAAAUGGGUACAGCAAGGCCGGCGGCCUGCCCGCCCAUCCCCCCAUCCCCAAGAACCUGCAGUACCCGGACGACUCGGACGACGAGAAGAAACCCGCCCAGAUCGGCGGCCCCGGAGGGUUUGAGGCGAGUGAGCGCGACUUUGAUGGCGAAGCAGAGGACCUGAAGAGGCCCUAUUUCACUGUGGAUGAAGGAGAGAGCCGAGAUUAUGACGAGCGGACUCUGGCUUUCCAGUAUGACCCUGAACCUGAGAUAGCCGAUGAUAUGAUCUCUCAAACCGACGGCUCUGUCAUUUCUAAGAAAGAGUGGUAUGUGUAGUGGCAUGCAACAACCAAACCAAACAACCCCUUUGUCCCCCACCUGCAUUCCACCGCACCUUUCACUUCCAUCACAACCCCACCCUCCCAUUCGUCAAACUGCACCCGUCACGGUCCCUCCCCCCCUGACCCCCCCCACAUCAGACCCCAUCCAACUAAUCUCUAUUAGAAAAUCAAGCGUCUAUUUAAAGUGCUAGCAACAUCAACUUCUCAGCACGACAGCAUUGGUAUCAGUUCCAUCAGGUGAAUGGGCAAGAAUAAAAACUAAGGUAUGUAAAAAGGACUUAUUGUCACUGACCUACGAGGCCAGGGAGGUGGUUGGUUGAUUAAUACUGGUGUGUUAUUCUUUUUGUGUAUUUUUUUUUCAUGUUAUAAAUGUAUUAAAUGUAUAAAAAGAGACUGCAGGUUGAGGUUUUGCUGAGCACAUUUGUGAAAGUCCUACACUGGAUGUACGAUUUGUUUUUGCCUUUAUUUUUUUUGUUUGUCUUGGUUUUUUUCUAUUAUCAUUGACAUUUUGUUACUUUUAUGUCUUUUUGUAUGAUUUUUGACCAGAGAACUGAGAGUAUAAUGUUUGACAUAAUUACAGGUGGCGUUGUAAGUGUUUGUAAUUUUGUGGUCAAAUGUUUGAGAAAGAAAAAAAAAAAAAAAAAAUUCCGCCAUACAGCACCUGCAUCAUUUCUCUCGUUUCUCACUGGGGUUAGCGUCCAUGAAAUGAUUCACUUUUGUAUAUUUACAGCAUUAAAGGCAGAUAUGUUAUUGCUGUUUUUCCAAAGACAUGCUUAGUAUUUCUUGACCCUCUGCGUUUAUAUUGCCUGAUUUGUCUCUUUACUGAUAGGGAGCCAGUCUACUGAGCCGUAUUGGCAGUAACAGAUAAAUAUUGAGUGUUUUCAAUUUUCAAUCAUGUUAAACUAGUUCCCACAUCAGCGAAUCGGAACAGCAGGGGAGAGAAGGGCUGCAAUCGUAUUAUACACAACAAUUUCUCCUUUUUCAGUGGUGCAUCACAAUCACGUCCAAAAGAGGUUUGGUGAGUCUCACAGUGAAACCUUCAAUGAUGCUCUGAAAUGUCGUAAUUGUGUCAUGACUUGAACAGGUUGACCUGUGUACACGAGCUCUAAAUCUUACCACUAUAAUGAAAUGUCUGGGUUUUUUUUUUUGGUUUUUUUUUUUUUGUGUUGUCAUAAUUAUGUUUUGUUCUAACCCUUUUUUAUAUCAAAUGGAUGUCAGAGAAAAGUGUCUGGGGAGUUUCCCAUUAAUGACUUUGUCUCUCAUUAUAAUUGUGUGACUUGGUGCUGAGGAAUUGGCUAAAGCCUCCCCCACUCACACCAACAUCGUUUUUCUAUGAGGAGUCGCCCAUGGACACAAAGGACACGGAGAGGAGGAAAAUAUCAACACAGUGAUGCUUUGAUUUACAUCUACAGAGAAAACAUUUUAAAACAUGUAAAGGGAAAUCAAAAUAUGACGGUGACCACGCUGGAGUAUAUGAUAAGUCACCUGCUGCUUUCAUGAUGUUUUCAAUCCAUCUCCUGUUUCUUUCUAAAAAAAAAAAAAACAAAAACAAAUUUCACUCGCUGUUUGGGGGAUUUUAAAGGAAUGAUUGGUUGUCCUUCCCUCGCUGAUGUUGGCGUCUGAAUCUGCCAACGGGGAUAACAAUGACCCUGUCGGGAGGAAGGCAUUAUAUAUAUGUGUUUUUUUAGUCAUUGUUAACAAGUGCCAGUGGAUGCUAGCAUAGCAAAUGACUUGUGUUUCUCCUCAGCACUGAGGUCCAUCACAAUCAGCGAAAUGUAUUUGCUUCUAAACUUAAAAAAAAAAAGAGAGUCCAAUGUGAAAAAUGGGAUAAAACAGAAGCAAAGAGGAGUAAAUCCGUGGAUAUAAAUGACAUAUCUGACUGGCUCUGAACAAUAUAAAUACUGUAUUAAGCCUUAUUUUAUGCAUGUUUUUUGUGUGGGAGUGGAAGUAUGUUGCUAUUUUUUCUGUAUCAAUUCCAGUGCGUUUGUCCUCAUUUGCAGCUCAAAAGACAGCACUUUGUCAGUGUUGUCAGUAUUGAAAGAGGUAUGAGUUUAUGGGCACACAGUACCCAGCAACAAUAUUGCAGUUAACACACAAAAAAGUAUAUAAAUAUAUAUAAAUAUAUAUAAAUAAAGAUGAAAAAAUAACAUCUCUGUGAGAGCAGAUCUCUCUGCCAGCAGGAGAUGUGAAUGUUUUACAGUUCAUGCUUGUCUACUGUAUGUUUUUAGAUGAGCAUGUUAAUCAUGAGCCUCAAACUACAUCGUAUUUUCAACACAAAUUAACAUCAAAAAAUGGUAAAUAACACGUUCUUAUUAAAGGUUUGGUUCAGUUUAGUUCAGGUUCAUCAGUUUCUACAGUUUCUUUGUUUUGUUUUUUUUUCUGUAUAAUGCAUCCACUAUUGUUGGAGAGCAAUACAUGAGGUUUGUGACAGAAAGUUUCGAGAGGGGGGAAAAACUAAUUGACAAGUCGCGGGGUUGCCGCUUUCAAAGUGCAAAGCAAAUUACAGUUUUAUAGCCUUUAGUUUUCCACAUGGUUCACGUUAUAGCAUUAAUAGAGACAAAGGUAUGAGAAGCAUGUCUUUAUAUUUUACUGUUGCAUUCAGUGCCUAUCGAAGUUAGGAGACAUGAUUUAGUCUGAACAGUUGCUGCUCCGUCAUUCACGCUCAGAUAAACAUGAGAAAUAAUACUGAAAUAUGACAUGAGCCGCAAACGUCUUUAAAUCAGACAAAAUAUGUUUGAUUUUAUUUAAUUUUUUUUAACUUGCAGUGAGUUUUCAUUAGUAUAGUGGGGAUGUUCUUCCAUCUGAGCUCCAGCAUGAUACUAACAGUUCGUCUAUACCCGACCUUUAAAUCAAUUGAUCUCCUAAAAAGCUGUAUUCGUUACCAUGUAAACAUUUAUUGUUGGCAAAAUGGUAACACGGCACUUUUUUUUUCCUGAAGAGUCCUAAAGAGAUCAGACUUUUGCUACUUAGUCACACAUGGCUGACUUUUCUAAGCACAACAAUUGAAAUUAAUCCAGUGAAAAGAGAUUUAACUUAUAAAUUUAAAUUAAAAAACAAAAAACAAACAAAAAAAAAACAUCUUUGGCCCAAAGCAAAGACCAACUCUACCUUCUUUUUAAAGCACAAGUUUACGGUUUCAUUUCAUUUUCUUUUCCUGCAUCCCUCAUGAAACCACUGCCACGCUUGCUUCUCAGACAUGUCAGAGAGAGAGAGAGAGAGAGAGAAAACCACCUUUCAGAUUUGAGUUGACGUUCUGUAUACUGGUAGAUGUAAACAUUGUCUUCAUGUUGUCGGGGUGUUAUGAGUUUCUAUUUUGUAAUACUGACUGUAACUUCAUUCCAUCCUAAUCUACUUUUUGUAUUCAGUAUGUUCAACAUUCCACUGUAAAUACUGUACAUACGGUUGAGAUUAUAGUCGGGAUUUAUUUAGGGACAAUUGCGUAGGGACCCUGUUCAUGUAAAAUAUAUUUUGACUGCAAACAUAGAGACUCGAUGAUGGGUAGAUGAAGUUGACACAUAGCUUAUUUCCAAAGCCCCACCCUAAAAAUGCUCCUCCGGUACGUUUUUAAAAGCGCCACUAGCAGCUUCACUGUCAUACAAUAAGGGGUGAGGCAUACGAUUUGUCGAUUUUGAUGUUAUGGAAAGAAAAGAAAAGAGAGAAAUUGUCUGUAUGCAGCCAUGUGAAUGUAUAUUUCUGAGGGUGUUACAAAUAUGAAAAAAAUCUCUUGUUCAAUUGUGAUGACCCAGUGAAGUAACUUGUAUUUGUUUUAAGCAUUAAAUGAGUUCAAUAGUCAACAA